AUGUUGCUCCCGGCAGUUCUGAAUGAAUGGGCGGCUGAAGCAUUCACCAAAGGACGCGGCAGAGGUUUCCGAUCGGCAGACAGGUUCGCUACCGAUAGAAGAACUGAUCGCGGUCGGAAAAAUAGAUUACUGCAAGACAAAGAAACAUCAGGUACACGGGGUCCUUCCUACCCCGGGCUAUCAGAAUACAACUUCAACGUCAGUGUAGUAGAUUUGGUAUCGGCUAUGAAGAACAUUAUAGAAGAACGGUUCCCGAAGUCUAUGAGGUCCGAUCCCAGCCAGAGAGAUCCCAAUUUGUGGUGCGAGUAUCAUGGGACGAAUGGCCACAGGAUUGGGGACUGCCAACAUCUGCGUGAAGAAGUGGCGACACUAUUGAAGAAAGGACAUCUCAAAAAAUUCUUAAGUGACCGGGCCAAGUACAACUACGGCCGCAACCAUGAUAAUGUAAAACCCUCGAAAAUAGGGGAAGAUCCCCCGCGCCAGACGAUCAACAUGAUCUUUAGGGGGAACGAGAUCAAUGGGGUCAGCUUCUCGGUAGAAAAAAAAAUGAACGUAUCAAUAACCCAUAGCAAGAGACUCCGGGAAGUCGCUGAAGACGACAUCACUUGCACGGAGGAGGAUGCAGACGGAUUGUUGCUACCGCACAAUGACGCACUGGUAAUUUCUUUAAAUGUAUUAGAUUUUAAAAUAAAACGCGUUAUAGUGAAUCCAGAAAGCUCGGCCAAUAUCAUGCAAUGGAGGGUACUAGAACAAGCCAAACUUACUGGAAGCAUCAUUUCGGCUACAAAACUCCUCGCCGAAUUCAACCUCGCAAGUGUGACAUCCCGAGGAGAGAUCCUAAAUAUAAUGCAGAUUGUUUUGCGUGGUCGCAUGUGA